AUGGAGAAGGAGAAGUAUAUACAGUGUAAUGUUCAGGAAAUCCUUGCGACCAUCAGGGUUCAUGAAGUCCGGAAGGAGGAAAUAGAUAUGGUACACAAGCUCAAAAUAGAGGAGAUGAUAUACAUUUACAAGCAGAUGAUGAAGAUUCGAUUUGUAGACAAACUAAUGGACAUAGAGUACAAAAAAGAAAAUAUUAGGGGAUUCUGCCACCUUUCGAUUGGGCAGGAAGGGAUAUACACUGCUCUUGAGUAUAUGAUGGAUGAUGACAUAGUUGUGUCUUCAUACCGAUGCCAUGGAAUUGCAUAUGUUUCUGGUUGUAGAACUCGUGAGAUAAUGCAAGAGGUCCUUGGAAGGCAGGGGGGAGUUUCCAAAGGUAAGGGAGGAUCCAUGCAUCUGUACAACAGUCACUUCUUUGGAGGACAUGGAAUUGUUGGGGCACAGAUUCCUCUUGGAGUGGGUAUAGCAUAUGCAAUUAAAUACAAAGAGAGAGUACUUGGGAGCAAAAGUCAGAAGGGGAAGGUUUCCUAUGUCUUUUAUGGGGACGGUGCUGCAAACCAAGGCCAGGCGUGGGAGAGCUUCAACAUGGCAAUGGUUUGGAAGCUUCCUAUAGUUUUUGUGUGCGAAAACAACAGAUAUGGAAUGUGGACUCCUGCAGAAAGUGUAAGCGCAGACACAAACUUCUAUCUUCGAGGAGGACGCAUUCCGGGAAUUCGAGUUCCACACAACAAUAUAUUUGGGCUGAUAUCAGUACUUGGAUAUGCAAGGAAACACUCGGCUGAGAAAGGGCCUAUUAUUGUGCAAAUCGAUACAUACAGACUUUGCACACAUUCUACAGUUGAUUCGAAGGAAACAUACAGAAGCAAAGAAGAAGUGGAUAGAGAAAGGAAGAACGACUGCAUGGAAGACAUAAGGAAACGUCUUCUUGAGUUCCGUUCUGAGGAAGAGCUUGGGGAGUUGGAAAGAUGUGUUCUCGAGGAGGUUGAGAAAGACAUGGAUGCUGCAAAAAAAAGUAAGCCUACGGAGGAGAGUGAAUUGUUCAAAGAUGUUUUUUUAUAG